AUGUUCAGAGCAGAGGAGGACACCACGGUGUCUGAGGAGGAGAGUGAGCCCGAGGUGACACUUUCUGGGAGCCUUCCUGGAGGCAGCGAAGCGAGAGCCAAAAGGAGCCGCUUCUCCCGGUCCUCCCGGGCAGGGCUGCUCUUCCCUGUGAGUCGCGUAGAUGGGCAGCUGCGCAGGGGACGCUUUGCCGGGCGCUUGGCAGCCAGGGCCCCUGUCUAUCUGGCUGCGGUGCUGCAGUGUGUGACGCACAAGGCCCUGGACGUGGCUGGCAAGAUUGCCAAGCGGAGCAAGCAGCAGCGCAUUGCUCCAGCACACUUGCAGCUGGCGGCGCAGAAGAGCUCUCAACUCCACAAGCUCCUGCACGCAGACAUCUUCGGGAGCCAUGGGAGGGCUGUCCCCAAGAGCCGGCGUGUGGCCUCACCCUCCAGAAAGAAGACAGCCAGCAGGAACAAGAGAUGCCCUGGGCAAAGAGCUGCACCUGGUCAUGCCAGAGCUGCGGUCAAGUGA